AUGGAGAGAAAUGGAGCUCCGGAUACUGCCGGGUUGUCCUCGCCUGGUAACCUAAUUCUGCAACAGAGGAAUGAUGCGAUCCAGGCGGCGGUUCAGCAACCCGGCGAUGGCGGCCUUUUCUCUCAGCUCUCCAGUAACCCUUUCUUCACAGCGGGAUUCGGUCUCGCUGGUCUUGGAGCAGGAUUGAGCUUAGCUCAGAAAGGCGUUCGACAUGGUGCCGCCCUGCUUCGGCGUCGUAUGCUCGUGGAUGUCGAAAUCAGUAUCAAGGACGAUUCUUAUCCAUGGUUUCUCCACUGGAUGACUCUCUAUCAACAAUCCCAACUUAACGCCGCUCGCUCCGCAGCCAGCAGGUCUGGCUUCAUGGAAACUAUCCUCCAGAAACUGACACCGGGAAUGCGCCACCUGUCGAUACAGACGCAAAAGGUCGAACAUGCGAAUGGCGCUAUACAUACUCACUUUGCACUGGUUCCUGGACCGGGAAGGCACGUUUUACGUUACAAGAAUGCGUUCAUUUUCGUCAAUCGGAUGCGGGAGUCCAAGUCGCAAGAUUUACAGACGGGGCGGCCAUGGGAGACGAUCACAUUGACAACACUCUACUCACAUCGGCACAUUUUCGAAGAUCUGUUCAAAGAGGCUCAUGCAUAUGCAGCCAAGUCACACGAAGGCAAAACGUCUAUCUAUAACAGUUGGGGCACGGAAUGGAGACUAUUCGGACAACCGCGGAGAAAGCGCCCAUUGGACUCGGUGAUUCUUGACGAAGGUGUCAAGGAGCGGAUUGUGGAAGAUGUGAAGGACUUUGUUUCUAGCGCAAAGUGGUACCAUGACCGGGGAAUACCCUACAGACGCGGCUAUCUGCUCUAUGGGCCACCUGGUACGGGAAAGAGCUCGUUCAUCCAGGCAUUAGCGGGAGAGUUGGACUAUGACAUUGCCAUCUUGAAUCUGAGUGAGCGGGGGCUGACUGACGAUCGAUUGAAUCACCUGCUCACUAUUGUGCCGAACCGGACCCUCGUCCUAUUGGAGGAUGUGGAUGCUGCUUUCUCGAAUCGGCGUCAAACUGAUACGGACGGGUACCGGGGCGCCAAUGUGACCUUUUCAGGCCUGCUAAAUGCCUUGGAUGGUGUUGCGAGUGCUGAGGAGCGUAUUAUUUUCCUCACAACAAAUCAUGUCGAGCGACUCGAUGAAGCCUUGGUUCGGCCCGGUCGGGUUGACAUGACCGUCCGUCUAGGCGAAGUCACUCGCUACCAAGUCCGCUGUUUAUGGGAUAGGUUCUAUGGUGACCUCGACACAACCGGAUCUUAUAGGCAAGCAUUCCUCGACCGGCUACAGGAGUUAGGCCUCAUAGAAGACGAGAAAGGCUUCAAAGCCGAUCGGUCGAGAAGUACAAGUGCGGCUGCUCUGCAGGGCUUGUUUCUGUAUAACAAGGGGAAUAUGGAGGGGGCAAUCGCAAUGGCCGAGGCACUCACACAUACAGUGCAUGAUUCGGCCGAGGGCGACCAUUAG